AUAAACUACAAAACCAUUUAGAUGUACACCGUGGGUUUUUUUGGAGUGAACCGAUGCGCGAGCGAGCGUACUGACGUACGCGCACCCUUUUAAAACCCCCAGCACAUCCGUUCCGUUCCAUGGGCGAGCUAUCGCGCACCAGACAGCCCCAAUAAACGCCUGGCCGUGCAAACCGCCGGACGCUGUGACUGUGAGUUGUGACCUUGCGCGUGGCCCAGAUCGAUCAGAUGGAGGCGACGGCGACGGCGGCAGCGGACUCCUCCGGCGGCGACCGCUACAGGUCUCACCUGGCUGGCGAUGGCGAGAAGCACACCGUGUGGCGGCACGGCGCGCCGCCCUCGUACGACGCCGUGAACGCCCUCUUCGAGGCCGAGCGCACGCAGGAGUGGCCGGCGGGGUCGCUGGAGGAGGUGGUGCAGAACGCGAUCAAGACGUGGGAGAUGGAGCUGUCGCACAAGGCGCGGCUGUCGGACUUCAAGUCCGUGAGCCCCGGCAAGUUCCGCCUGUCCGUGAACGGGGGGCGUCCCCGGACCGGGGAGGAGACGCUGGCCAUGGGCAGCUACAACGCGCUGCUGGACGGCCCGCUCCUGCCGAGCGCCGGCGCGUACGACGCCGCCGCCGAGACGUUCCAGUCCUCGCACGACCUGUUCCGCGCCGCGCUCCCGCGCGGCUUCGCGUGGGAGGUGCUCAGGGUCUACUCCGGCCCGCCGCUCAUCGCCUUCAAGUUCCGGCACUGGGGGCACAAGGAGGGACCCUACAAGGGCCACGCCGCCACCGGCGACAAGGUCGAGUUCCACGGCGUCGCCGUCCUCAAGGUGGAUGAGCAGCUGCGGGCGGAGGACGUGGAGGUAUACUACGACCCAGGAGAGCUUCUGGGAGGCCUUCUCAAGGGCCCCAAGGUGGCGGCGGCUUCCUCCGAGGAGGACCGCGGCGCGGUGGCGCUCGCAGAGAGGCUCGGCGAGGCCGCUGCCGUGUCGGCGUCAGGUGCUGUCCCGCCACCGCAAGCUUGCCCCUUUCUCAACCCCGGGAAGCCACAGUGAUCGACCUGCAGCACCCAAGAUAGCGGCUUAAUUUGGUGAAUGAAUAAAUGAGUAAAAAGCUUAUUAAAAGACGUGUCCGUGCGUAGUCCAUGGGCUUGUGAGGGGUACUUGUUACUACAUUAAUUGAUGUUUCAUGAUCAGAAGAAAAUGUUGGCCGGCCGUCGUGGAAAAACUGUCACGAGAACUUGGAGGUCGUCGAUCUCAACAAGAAGAAAAACAAAGCAUGUGAAAGUGAAGUUGAUCGUGUAGUUGUGUGAUAUUCGUUCAACAAUAAAAAAAAAGAAGUUGAUGUUGAA